CCUCUGUGUGUGUGACGUCCUUUUCCCUCACCACUGGUUUUAAAUGCCUUUUGGUCCAUUUCUCACUCGCUCCAUCGCAUUUGCUGUGGAGUUUUCUCCUUUCACAGAGAAAUCACGAACAGGGUCACUUCCAUUUUCCAGCUUUCUCUCGAUUCAAACUCGGAUUUCUUCAGAGCUUUUUUGUGUCAAAGCGGCGGCGGCCAUGAAUUAUUGCUUUCCUGAUUGGAACUUUGAGGGUGAUCUUCCUUCAGCUAGCCAUAAGAAAUCAAUGGGACAUGAACAUGAUGAUCUUGUGGAGCUGUUAUGGAGAAAUGGGCAAGUGGUCUUACAAAGCCAAAAGGCUAGAAAGCCAAGCCUUAUUCAGAAACAGAGUCAACCACUUGAUAGGACUAAUAUUUCUUCUGGAAUUUCAAGCACUUUGAUUCAAGAUGAUGAGACGGUUUCGUGGAUUCAUGAUCCGCUCAACGACGAUUCGUUCGACAAGGAAUUUUGUUCGGAGUUCUUCUCCGAAUUGCCACAAACUAGAUUUGGUGCCUUUGAUGCUGCUGCUGCUACUACUCAGAACUCUAAGCCUCCUGCAGUUCUUGCUGAGCUUCCUACGAACACGAUGCCUCCUCCGAGAUAUCAGUGUUCGGAUUCGAUACGACAAACGAAGGAUUUGGGAGAUUUAGGAAAAAUGGUGAACUUUUCUCGAGUUCCUGUGGCAGUGAGGGGUGAUUUGGGAUCAUCAAAUGGAGGGAGAGAGGCUGGAAACUUGAUACAUGGAGAGGGAAAAGAUUGUUCAGCAACGACGGUUGGUUCGAGCCACUGUGGAAGCAACCAAGUUCCUAAUCCUGAACCAAAUGUGAGCCGAGUUUCGACGAGUGGCGUCGGGAAUGCUGGCUUAUCUGUUGAUCUCUCUAACAAAAAGAUGGCUGCACAAGGUGAGAGGGGGAAAACUGAGACCAUGGAUCCAACCGCUACUUCGUCCUCAGGCGGUUCGGGAAGUAGUAUGGAUAGAAGUAGAACAAUUGGACAAUCUAAUGGAGGUAAUGGCAACAAAAGAAAAGGUCGAGACGGGGAAGAAUCCGAGUGCCAAAGCGAGACUGCUGAACUAGAAUCUGCUGAGGGAAACAAGGCAGCUCCACGGUCAGGAUUUCCGCGCAGGACUCGUGCUGCUGAAGUACAUAACCUUUCGGAAAGGAGAAGAAGAGAAAGGAUAAAUGAAAAGAUGAAAGCACUGCAAGAACUCAUACCACAUUGUAAUAAGACCGACAAAGCUUCAAUGUUAGAUGAAGCUAUUGAAUAUUUGAAGUCACUUCAAUUACAACUACAGGUUAUGUGGAUGGGAAACGGGAUGGCGCCAAUGAUGUUUCCCGGUGUUCAACAUUACAUGUCUCGAAUGGCUAUGGGCAUGGGAAUGGCUCAACCUUCAAUGCCUUCAAUGCCUUCAAUUCACAACUCAAUGCAAUUACCUCGGGUCUCGGCUGUCGAUCAAUCGGUUUCAGCGACUCCGACUCCAAACCAACCGACGAUAUGCCAACCUCAACUUUUCAACCCCGUGAAUUAUCAAAAUCAGAUGUCGAAUCCCGCUUUGCAAGAGCAGUAUGCUCGUCUAAUGGGCUUCCAUCAUAUGCAACCUAGCUCACAGCCCAUAAAUGUCUUCAGAUUUUGUCCCUCAACAGUCUUGCAAAGUCAAACGCCAGCAGCAACUGGCCCUGCUAGUGGACCUACUUUUGGGGGAUCUAUAGCCAAUGAUAUUGUAAAUGGAACUUUGGGUUGACAACCGAAAAUUAUCCAUGUUUAUCAGUUAGCUAAGGUUCCUCCCUCAGUCUAUAACAGAGCAUCAUUCCCAGAUUGUUGUUCUCCAUGUAUAUCUGAUACAGAUUCUUGCCUCCUUGCCUCCAAGAACACAGCUUAUAUGAAUUCAAGGUAUUUAACAAAUUUUUUUGUCGAAAAAACCGCUACGAAAAAUAAGUUCAUCUAGUUUGUUCUACCGAAA